UAACGUAAGUGAGUAUGGAAUGCGCCGCCCUGCACUGCUUUCGUUUGGCCAGUGUUCAGUAAUUCCAGUGGAAAAAGAAAAAUAGAAUUGCGGAUCAUAACAAAGUAUGCAAAAACGAUAAGGAGCAACAACAAAUAUUAUUAAAAACUGCCUCUUUGUUUAAAUAUUGUCAGACAAGCGCGUAUUCCCAUCGAGGGAGGGAAUUCAACACUUCAAGCUCCGCUCCCCUACAAAUACUUCGCUUUCAGUGUCAAAGUUCAUCACUUCUUUGUUCCGUUCCCCGUAUGCCUUCUCUCUUCCUCCUCAUUACUGACUUAAAACUGCGCAAACAAACAACAAUAUUUAAAUGAUUUAUAACAGCUUGUCGUUAUUGGCUGAUUCAUUUAUUUCCGACUGACGGUGUUUACUUGUUAAGACCUUUAUCUGUGAACGAGUCAGUGGCGCUAUUUUUCGAUUGGACGAUUAUCAUUCGCCGCAACGCACAAGACAUAUUGCACCAUGAGACUCCGCUCUGGUAUCCUCCUGGUGGUGCUACUGACCAUCUUUUUGGAAGUAGCGGACUGCUCGUGGCCCUGGCCAUUUUCCAGGAAGCACAAGCAGAAUAUGCCUCCGCCGCCGCCCACGCCCCCGCCAGAGCCCAAAAUGUCCCCAGUAAUAUUUGUGCCAGGUGAUGGUGGCUCCCAGCUCGAUGCCCGCUUGAACAAGUCGAGUGCUCCCUACUUCGUGUGCGAGAAGACCCAUGACUGGUUCAAUCUCUGGCUCGACCUGGAGCAGCUGGUGAUUCCAAUGGUGUACUGCUGGAUAGACAACGUCAAGUUGUACUACGACAAGGCCACUCGUACAACGCACAAUACCCCGGGAGUGGAGACACGCAUACCUGGUUGGGGCAAUCCCGAGGUGGUGGAGUGGAUAGAUCCGACGCGGAACAGUGCAGGAGCGUAUUUCAAGGACAUCGCUAACGUGCUCGUGGGCAUGGGCUAUGAGCGGAAACUGAACAUACGCGGAGCACCCUUUGACUUCCGCAGAGCACCAAAUGAGAACAAACAGUUCUUCAUCGACCUCAAGCAGCUUGUCGAGGAGACCUACGAGGUGAACAACCAGUCAGCCGUCACCUUCAUAUCGCACAGCAUGGGCAGUCCCAUGACACUAGUUUUCCUGCAGCAACAGACCCUCGAGUGGAAGAACAAGUAUGUGCGGCGGCAGAUAAGUCUCGCCGGCGCGUGGGCUGGCAGCGUAAAGGCAGUGAAAGUCUUUGCUAUGGGCGAUGAUCUGGACUCGUUUGCUCUGAGUGCCAAGAUCCUGAGGGCUGAGCAGAUUACGCAUCCUUCGUCGGCCUGGCUACUGCCAUCACCGUUGUUCUGGAAGCCAUCCGAUGUUCUGGCCACGACCCCCUCUCGUAACUAUACUAUGGCACAGCUCAAAGAGUUCUUCAACGACAUUGACUACAUGACGGGCUGGGAAAUGCGCAAGGACACGUUGCGCUAUACCCAAAACUUCAGUCCCCCCGAUGUGGAGCUGCACUGCCUAUACGGCGACGGGAUAGACACAGUGGAAAGAUUACAGUACAAAAAGAACGAUAUUGCUGGAGAAACGCCCAAGCUGAUCAUGGGUCCGGGCGAUGGCACUGUGAACCAGCGAUCCCUACGGGCCUGCAAGUACUGGUCGGGCUACACGAGCUCCCCCAUAUCGACGCUGGCCCUGCAGGGAGUGGACCACAUGAAGAUCCUAUCGCAUGAAGAUGUUCUCCAAUAUAUUCGCACUGUCAUGCAGCAGCCGUAGUCAGACAGUAGUGGAUUCUGGUACGAAAUAUCCAAAGUGAUGAUCAGUGUAAAUCCUUACGAUCAAAUAAUGCCAAUUUUAAUGUUAAAUAAAUGUGAUUGUUUAAGUAGCACAA